AUGGCAAAUCACAUUGACUUGUUGCCGGAAGACAUUUUGCUCAAAAUGGUUGUCGAGAAGGUAGCUACUAAUUCUUUUGUCAACUUUUUCAACAUGCAAGCCACCGAUAGACAAUUUCGUAAACUCAGUAAUAACCCAGAUGUUCUGAAAAAAGUUAGUUUCGAGGAUUAUCCCAAGAUCUUAUGGGAACCAAACCAAAAUAUAUUGCAUUUUUUGAAACGCUUCGAGGUAAGCGGAAAUCCCGAAGUCUUGUUCAGUCAAGGCUUGAGGGAAUUUUUUGAUUGGCCAGUUGGAAAUAUUAGCGGUCUCCGUAAAUUAAAGAUUGCUGCCGAAAGUGGUUACAAACCGGCGAAGUAUGUGUAUGGAAUGAUAAAGUUAUGUUCUGAAAAUAACGAGUCAAGGAAAGAAGGGAUUGACCAUGUUCGUUCAUUGAGGGUGGCUAAAUGCAUGAUGCAAUUAAGAAUGAAGAUGCAUCAGAUUAGUCAUUAUUUCUGGAGAUAUAAUAGGAUGUUGGUCCGCAAUCGAACUCCUAUUUGCAAUUCAUUUCCAACUUGCAAGGGAUGGGGAUUGAAGAGAAACAGAUGGGUCUUCGUGGAUGAUGAAGACGAUGACAUGAGCUUGUGCGAAAAUUGUAGAUGGGAUCACGAGUUAAAUGUCUUUUAUGGAAUAUUUCAUAUUCAUAAUAUUUAG